GUGCAGCCCAUUCCCGGUCAGUGGCCGCGAGGGGGGAGCGAGGUUUAACCGACGAGAGGACCGACACGAACCGAGGACUUUCUCCGCUUGAGGAACCGGGGCAGAAGACGUGAGGCGCUGGAGUGUUUCUCCGCCUGGUGUGUGGAUGGGUGGGGGGGACUUUCGUGGUGAAGAAUCGAGGAUUGACGCCAACAUAGAGCGCUCCAGUUUAAUGGCUGGCAGGUAGAGGCCAAAGAGGGACAAUCAUCAUGAACUCUAUACCGUCGAUGGACAGACACAUACAGCAGACAAAUGACCGUCUGCUGUGUAUCAAACAGCACUUACAAAAUCCAGCAAAUUUCCAAACAGCAGCUACCGAGCUGCUGGACUGGUGCGGCGACCCCCGAGCCUUCCAGCGACCCUUUGAGCAAAGCCUGAUGGGAUGCCUAACGGUGGUGAGCCGCGUAGCAGCGCAGCAGGGCUACGACUUGGACCUGGGCUACCGGCUCCUGGCUGUGUGCGCCGCCAACAGGGACAAGUUCACUCCAAAAUCAGCAGCUCUCCUGUCCUCGUGGUGUGAGGAACUCGGACGCCUCCUCCUCCUCCGUCACCAGAAGAACAGGCAGAACGAGCCUCCGGGAAAAGUGCCCAUGCAGCCCCCCAUGAGCUCCAUGAAGCCCGGCCUCUCGCACGGAGAUGGGUCUUUUCCCUAUGACUCUGUUCCCUGGCAACAGAACUCCAAUCAGCCUCCAGGUUCGUUGUCUGUGGUGACCACCGUCUGGGGCGUGACCAACACCUCGCAGAGCCAGGUGUUGGGGAAUCACAUGGCCGGCAACAACAAUCCAAUGAACCCUGGGGGCAACCCUAUGGGCUCGGGGAUGUCUGGUAACAACCAGGGGAUGAACUCACCUCAGUUCCCUGGUCCUCAGCAGCAGUUCCCCAACAAAGGCAACUCCAACCAGGGCUACAUGCAGCAGGGCAUGUACGGACGACCCAACUACCCGGGAGGAGGAGGAGGCUUCAGUGGAAAUUACCCUGGAGGGCCCAAUGCUGGACCUGGUGGAAUGGGCAUGCCUCAACACUCCCGUCCUCCUUCAGACUUCACGCAGCCUGCCGCUGCAGCCGCCGCCGCUGCAGUAGCUGCAGCCGCCGCCACGGCAACAGCCACCGCCACGGCAACUGUAGCUGCCAUGCAGGAAACCCAGAACAAGGACAUGAACCAAUAUGGGCCGAUGAGUUCCUCUUUCCAGAUGGGACCAAACCAGGCGUACAGCAGCCAGUUCAUGAACCAGCCAGGACCCCGUGGUCCUCCGUCCCUCCCUGGGAACAUGGGCACAGGCAUGAGUGGAUCCAACAUGAGUGGGUCCCCCAUGGGAAUGAACCAGCCCAGGGUUCAAGGCGUGGGACCUUUCGUGGCCCACGGCCAGAGGAUGCCCCAGCAAGGUUAUGCAGGACCUCGGCCUCAGGGCAUGGGUAUGCAGGGCAUGAAAAGACCGUACCCAGGGGAGCCAAGCUAUGGAGGACAGCAGUAUGGACCAAACGGCCAGUUCCCUAGCCAGCAGGGGCAAUACCCCCCCAACGCCUCCCGGCCGCUGCCGUCCCCCAACUACCCCGGCCAGAGGAUGCCAGGGCAGCAGCUACAGGGCCAAUACCCGCCACCCAGCGGUGCCAUGGGCCAGUACUAUAAGCAAGAGCCACCGUUUAAUGGCCAAACAAAUAACUUCUCUGGAAGUGGUUAUCAGUAUAGCCAGGGUAACGUGAACGGGCCGCCCAGACCGGUGGGGAACUACCCUCACUCUCCAGUGCCAGGCAACCCCACCCCUCCGAUGACCCCAGGAAGUAACAUCCCUCCGUACCUGUCGCCAAACCAGGAUGUGAAGCCCCCCUUCCCUCCUGACAUCAAACCAAAUAUCACCGCUCUCCCUCCACCCACAGGCAACCACAAUGAGGAGCUGCGCCUAACGUUCCCGGUGCGAGAUGGUGUUGUCCUAGAGCCUUUCAGGCUAGAACAUAACCUGGCUGUCAGCAACCACGUCUUCCACUUACGGCCCUCCGUAGCCCAGACGCUCAUGUGGAGAUCCGACCUGGAGCUGCAGUUCAAGUGCUAUCAUCACGAAGACCGUCAAAUGAACACCAACUGGCCGGCGUCGGUCCAGGUCAGCGUGAACGCCACACCGCUCACCAUCGAGAGGGGCGACAAUAAGACCUCCCACAAACCCCUGCACUUGAAACAUGUCUGCCAUCCGGGGAGGAACACGAUCCAGAUCACAGUCACCGCCUGCUGCUGUUCGCACUUGUUUGUACUGCAGCUGGUCCACAGGCCCUCGGUCCGCUCUGUCCUCCAGGGCUUACUGAAGAAGAGGCUCCUGCCUGCAGAGCACUGCAUCACCAAAGUUAAGAGGAACUUCAGUAGUGUAGCAGCAUCAUCGGGCAAUGCCACGCUGAACGGUGAGGACGGCGUCGAGCAGACGGCCAUCAAGGUUUCCCUCAAAUGUCCGAUCACCUUCCGGCGAAUACAGCUUCCAGCGAGAGGCCACGACUGCAAACACGUUCAAUGUUUUGAUUUGGAAUCAUAUUUACAACUAAACUGUGAGCGGGGGACAUGGCGAUGUCCUGUAUGCAAUAAAACGGCGUUGUUAGAAGGACUUGAAGUGGACCAGUACAUGUGGGGAGUCUUGAAUGCGAUACAAAACUCGGAGUUUGAGGAGGUGACCAUUGACCCGACGUGUAGUUGGCGGCCGGUGGCUAUUAAAUCUGACAUCCACAUCAAGGAGGAUCCGGACGGACCACUGGCCAAGAGGUUCAAGACGAUGAGUCCCAGCCAGAUGAUCAUGCCCAAUGUGAUGGAGAUGAUAGCGCAGCUCGGCCCCGGACCCUCGCCGUACCCGUCUCAGCAGGGGGGCAACAACAGCGAAUAUGGCGGCCAAGGUAACAGUUACCACGGGAACUUUGACUUCCCUCACGGCGCCCCUGGUGGUUCGUCGAUGAAUGACUUCAUGCACGGUCCGCAGCUGUCUCACCCGCCUGACAUGCCCAACAGCAUGAUGACCCACGACAAGCCACUCUCCCACAACAUGCCCGACUCGUUACCUCACUCUGCCGGCAAUGACCAAUCGCAUGGUCCACUGCAGCAGAGCUUACAUUCGUCUCCACACCCUGGCAGCCAAUCAGGGCAGCACCUACACCACAGCGGACCUCCCCUGCCCUCGCGACUAGGUCCGCCUUCUCAGCAGCAACAACAACAACAACAACAACAGCAACAACAGCAACAACAGCAACAACAGCAACAGCAGCAGCAACAACAACAGCAACAACAGCAACAACAACAGCAACAACAGCAGCAACAGCAGCAGCAACAACAGCAGCAGCAGCAACAGCAGCAGCAGCCCGGCCCAAACAACCAUCCCCAUGGCGACCUGAGCUUCAACCCCUCCAGCAGUUUGGACAGCCAGUCUGGGUCGGACAUGCCCGAGCCAUCUUUAGACCUCCUCCCAGAACUCGCGAACCCAGACGAGCUGUUGUCCUACCUGGACCCCCCCGAUCUCCCCAGCAAUAGCAACGACGACCUUCUAUCGCUCUUCGAGAACAACUGAGGCGAUUCAGACACACAAAAACUCUUCUGACCGCCUGCAGUUUCCCUUGGAGCCCGGGCCGUUGGCUCAGUACUUGAUAAACACAAAGAUGCACUCCCUUUCUCUUCUUCCUCUUGUACAGUUUUCAUUCGCCAGCGCAGAUUUGACUGAAAGAGGCUCGAGCUCAAAGACACAGCGGGAUGCUCAUCCCGCGGCGGCACCUUCUGAACUGUGCAGCUAUACUCAGUUGAUUUUUUUAACGCCACACACAGGUUGUAUGUGUGCACAUUAGAUACGUGCUGUAGCAUUUUUUAUCCAUGUUUUGUUUUCCUUUUGAGAAGAAAAAGGAAUUAACUGUAAGGAAAAAACCCGGAAAAUUACAGGAAAAACCCUGCGCUCUCUGGCCAGUGUGCGUUCUGUCCAUGUUGGUAUUCCAAUCGGAGAGGCCACAGCUUCCUGGUGUCACAGCUCCAUUCCCCCCCGACUGGUUCCUUAGUCGCACUGUUUCGUCCGCCACACAUCAUUUAAAAGCACAAGGGAUUUUGGCAAUGCAAAAAAAAACAAUUAUCAGUCUGUACAAAAAGAAGAAAAAAAGAUCAGUUGGAUCUGUGUAAAUUUGUCUGUUUUUCUAAAAAAGAAACAUUUUGCUCUUCUGCCAACAUUUAAAAAAGAUUUUAAGAACGAUCGGCUUCCACUUUGUCUACAAUUGUAAUACAUACAUAUUUUUGUCAAAAAGAGAUAUAUCCACACUUUUCAGAAACUCUGAGGGUUAACAACUGGAACAGAGAAGAGUUUGGCCCCACUGACAAGAAAAAAAAUCAAAGUUUAUAUCAGCAAACACAUCCUUCUACAUAUUGUAUAGUCAUCCUCCUCCUGUACGGAGGAGUGAUUUUGAAUGGAAAUGAAAGGUACAACGUGAGAGGUUGGGGUUCCUGUGACGAUCCUGCUGCGUUUACUGCUUCCUGUUCUAUCUCCUUCCAUGCCCUUUGCUCUGCAUGAGCCCCAGUGUCGCUCGGGUCAGCGUUUUUUGCAAAGUUGCAUCUCUUUCCCUGUUAAAUGAUGUGCUGUUUAAGUAUUCUACAAAAGUGCAUGUGUGCCAAGCCCUUGUCUAGUGCUGUUCCAAGUGGUUAAAAAAAAAAAAAAAAAAGAUGGUGUGGUUUUUUAUCAGUUGCUGUUUCCACAACUCUUUUGUUUGUACGUUUGUUUUUGAUUUCUGUCAGAUUUAGUAUGAUUUAUUUAACACUAACACUGAAGGGAUAAUGCUGAUGUCAGCGAUACAUUUAUCAUGUAUUUGCCGGAUAUUCUGUAUUAUAUGUAUUUUUUUUUGUUUUUUCCUUGUUUUUUUUUGUUUUGUUUUUGCUGCAUAAUUAAAACUAUCCACAAAUCUUUUGGGAAACUGCUCAACAUCACCAAAGUUGGAGGGAUGAGAAUGGAGACGUUUGUGUUUGCUCGGUCCUGUGCAGGUCUGCGAUGUGUGUGUGUGUGUGUGAGAGAGAGAAAGAGAGAGAGAGUGUGUGUGUGUGUUUGUGAUGGUCGGUAAUGUUGAUUUCAAAGAUAUAGGAGAGGACAAAUACGGUUUUAUCCAUCACUGCUGUUGAAGAAGUGGUUUCUAAAGGCAGUAUUGGCGCAGACCUUUCGCCACGUUUGUUUUAAUUUUCACUUUCUGAGAAGAGUGCUGUCCAGUAUGCAAAUGUAUUAUUUUUUAAGAAAUGCUAUUGUACUGUAAAUAUCAUUGUGAAUAUUUUUGUAUCAUCUCGAUAAUAUUUGUCCUUUUGAUCAUUAGUCGUCCAACGUAUCCACAUAAUGCUCCCCAGACUCCCACCGGACCACUGACUUCUGUUUGUAACCAGCAUACGUCAGCUGUCUUGCCUCCUCGCCGUCGGGGGGGAGGCCAGUCCAAACGUCUCAUAAGCUAUUUCCUGCGGGUCGUUGUGCUUUCUCGUCACUUUCCCUCCCAGUGCACUCUGUCUCGCACCCGUCUGAACAAGGACAGGUGUCCCGCUCGUCUGUGGUCUCUCCCCCCCUCCCCCUCUCUAACGUCAGCCCAGGGUCAUCGUGUCGCGUCACUUUCAGUUUUCACACCUCAACCUCUGUUUUGAAGCAAUAUUGUUCUUCCACGCUCUGAUGUGUUUUAAUUUGAAAAAUCCUCAUGAACUUUGAUGUUGACAUCAGUGAUACGGCGCAGCAGUGGUUUCAAAGGAUGUGGUGUCACCUGGCUUUCAGUGUAAUUAGUGAGCUAUGUGAAUAUGAUAAUUGUUGCUAAUUGUCGAUACACAGUGGUAUUUUAAAGAUAUAUCACAACCAUAUUUUAAAGAAAUUCAUCAUAUUGUUUAUAUUUUUGUUAUAGAAAAAUGUGGCUUUUUAAAAAGCACGAGACCAUAUACAUUUGUAUGCCCCCUUUCUUUUGUUUUUGGUAAAUUAUUUUGUACUGGUUUUCAUAUUGAUCUGUAAGGCUAGAAAUCCAAUUUCUUUCAACUGUAGCGUCGCGCUGAUUCAACUUCUCUGGUUUUUGUCUAAACAUGGUUUUAAAUGUCGUUUUAAGAAAUAUUGUUUGUUUGUUGAGUCGCACGCAGACGUCAAAUCAAAAGUCUUGUAACAAUUCGUUGCUACGUUUUCAUUUUUUCUGAAUUGAAACUCUCCAUCCAUCCCACGGAAGCCAUGGUUUUGUCUCGAGCUAGCCAGUUCGGUGUAUUAGGCAGCACCCCAAGUCUGUAGUUGCACAAUCACAAUAAAGGGCCAUUUUCUGGGGGACGUUGUUUCGAAAACAGAAGAAAACACAACACAAAAAAAUACAGAGAGGAAGGGCACGUGCGUCGCUCUGGCCGGGAAAAGGAUGUUGAGGUCAAGGCUGAGUCCAACGUCCCGAGAAUGCCUGUAUAUAUGUAAAUGACUAUAGAGACAUGUGAACAGAAAUGUAUUCAUUUUCCCUGGGAAUGUGCAUUGUUUCUUCAGAAUAAUAAAAAGCUUGCAACCCCCUCUA